AUGGAUCUCGCCUACAACCCUCAUGCGGAGCGCGCUCGCCGGAAGAACCGAAGCAACACGAACCUGCACCAUCUGUCCCUCGCUCCGCUCACCACCAAGAUCCCCAUCCACGACGUCGACGCGUCGGCAUUCCACGAUGCCUCGUCCCUAGCCCCUCAGCGCAGCACAUCCUACCUGCAGGGAAAGUCCGCCCCGACGACUCCUCGACUUCUCUCUCACUCGCCGGCUGGGCCGCGGUCGCGCUCCCGUCACAGGCGGACACCCUCGGCCCCUGGGGCCCACGUCCCCAACGUCUCCAAGAGCAAAUCCACGACGCAUCUUCUCGGUGCACAUGGACACAAAAAUGGCCCAAUGGCAUCUAGGCACCGCGGAAAGGAUGAUCUCGAGUUGCGCGACCGCUCGGACAGCGAUUGGCUUCUACGGACGGGCGCGUUGAUGAGUACGGAGGCUAGAGAAUACAAGGGUCAGUCGUGGCUUGUGUCGCGUCAGAGCUCAACGAGCCUCGCGGCCAUGCGCGACGAGGAUGAUGAGGUGCUCGAGGAGGAGCUAGUCGCGGAGCGUGAGAGGGCGAGCAGACUGGCCAGCCGACGGGGCAGCUCGGCUGCGUUGGAUGAGGAUGCUGGCUCUAGGAUGGGAAGCCGCUAUGUCAGUCGUCAUGCCAGUCGCGCCCAGAGCCGAAGCCAUAGCCUGGCUGGCCUGCGGAGCGCAGCGAUGACGCCAGGGGACCGUGAUGGGGAAUCAUACUUCCCCGCCGAGCAGGAGGGCCCCGACUUUGUCGACUUGGACGAGCGGUUGGAAGAAUUAGAGCAGGACACAUCUGCUGCGGACGAUGCUGCGGUGAGGAGAUUGGUGCAAUACGGAACCUCGGGUGGUGCCUCAUGGAUCAGCAACAUGAUUGGAUGGCGUCUCUUCUCGGUCGAGGAGAACGACGGGGAUUCCGACGAAGAGGUCGAGUCGUCGACAGAUGCGGCCUCGCAGACCACAGGUCGCAGCGGUCUGUCUUCCAGGCACUUGGAGGGUAUGACGAACUAUUCUGGCGAAAACAUCCAGCCGCCUAGGAAGGAUGAAACUGCUUGGGGCGAUGCUGCAUGGCUGCUCGGCGUGGCGACCAAGGUCAUCUUCUGA